AUGUUCCGCCACCUGGUAACUCGCCACGGCAAGUUUUCCUCGACCGCUCUGGCGAUGGGUUUUGCGGCCGCAGGUGUCGCGCUGGGUGCGCAGCAGCAGCAGUCGCAGUCGUCGGUGGCGCAUGCAGAGGACGCGUUCCCGCGACCCGCUCCCGUGGCAAAGCAGCCCAAGAUCAAUGGACUCAAGAUCUUCAGCGGCAACGCUAACCACGAGCUCGCUUCUAAUGUGGCCAAGCUCGUGGGUGUGCAGUUGGGCAAAAUUACAGUCGAACGCUUCGCGGAUGGAGAAGUUAAUCUCAUGGUGCACGAGAACGUGCGUGGCAAGGACGUGUACAUUGUGCAGCCUACGUGUGUGCCAGUGAACGAGAACCUCAUGGAACUGCUGCUUAUGGUCAGCACUAUGCGUCGCUCUUCUGCUCGUCGUAUCACUGCAGUCAUACCGUACUACGGCUACGCCCGCCAGGACCGCAAGAUGGCAGCUCGUGUGCCUAUCUCAGCCGCUGAUGUCGCGCGUCUGCUCGAGGCUAUGGGCGUGGACCGCGUCAUCGCUGUCGACCUCCACUGCGGUCAGAUUCAGGGAUUCUUCGGCCCACAUGUGCCUGUGGACAACCUGGACGGUGGUCUCGUGGGUGUGUCAUACUUCGGCAACCACGAGCUUGUGAACCCGGUUGUUGUGUCUCCUGACGCUGGCGGCGUCGCUCGUGCUAAGAAGUUCCGCGAGUGGCUUGUGGGCAAGUAUGGUCUUCCCAACACUGGUCUGGCUAUGAUCAUCAAGCAGCGUAUCAAGGCCGGCGAGAUCGACCGCAUGGACCUCGUGGGUCAAGUCGAGGGCUCCGAUUGCAUCAUCGUCGACGAUAUGAUCGACACGGCCGGCACACUGUGCAAGGCCGCGCAGCACUUGGCUGACCAUGGUGCUCGCAACGUGUACGCCUUUGCGUCCCACGGUCUGUUCAACGGCGCCGCUAAUGAACGCAUCAAGAAGUCGGCGCUCAAGGAGGUCGUGGUCGUCAACACCACGCCGCUGCCGAAGAGCUGCGAAGGUAACGAGAAGAUCGUGCAGCUGGACAUUGCCCCAUUACUGGCGCAGGCUAUCCAGAACAUCCACGGCAAGAAAUCGGUGUCGCAGCUGUUCCAUUAGACGCAGAGCGAUAGUCAAAAAAACUCACUGGCAGGCAGGCAGGCGGGCAGAUGUGUGGGUGCUGAUACACAUAGUAUGUAAUUUCGACAAAAGUUUUCAUGAACCAACGU